AAACUAAAUCAGAAGUCGCGCGGGUGUGUUCAGAAUUAAAUGGUGCGACAGAAACGAUUUUUUUUCCAGACGAUGAUUUGUAAUUAUCUAGAAACCUUUAGUGCAUCCACAGAUGUGUAAUGUGAACACACGAACAAAUAACUUCGACUUCGUCCGCGGAUUUGUCACGACGAAAUGAAGGACUCUGAACAUCUCUGGCAGAAGAGUUAGAUUAACUUACGGCCUUAUCACCACAACCCCUUUCGACAUCAUUAUGACAAAGCAGCCGCCUCAAUUUCUGUGCCAAAAAGCGCGAUGACUGCCAGAAUUUCUUGGAGACAACGACGUCCAGUUGAGGGAAGAUGAACGAGAUGGAGCAGGUUCCUGAGGGUUGAGAUUGCGUGGAUCCUCGUGAUGACCGGUUGGAGAAUGCAGCCGACCGCCUCGGUGCUCGGCGUCAUCGCCAUUGUCUCUAUCAUGAUUAUUGUCACUGCGUCAGAAGCGGAGAAUGGCGCCAUCGAGCGUGGCAUUAAUCAUCUUGACGAGGAAGAUCAACGCCUCGACGAGAGAAUCGCGAAAAAUCGCACUAUCGAAACCGCCGGCUGGUCUCGCGGCAACGACACAACAGCCCUCGAGGAAGUCAUUUCCGCUUUUACGGUUGAGUACUCAAUAAAGGAUUUGCCCUCGCUCGUUUCCGUGGUGGAUUCGCAUUUCGAGAAUGCAUCGAAGAAUUAUAUAGACGAUCAAAUGAUAUUCGCCUCGAAGAGGAUCGAGAACUCGGAACAGGCGGAAGAGGCUCUGGCAAAGAAGCUGGAUCACGAAGAUGUUCAAGGAACGAACGACUCCAAGAUGGAAAAGCCGAAAGAUGACUGGUUGACACUGAUAUCGGUAGCGAAAGAGGAAGACGUUACGGAAGUGAGAUAUGGCGAGCAGAAAAAUGCGCAAGAUAUCAGAGCGAUCUCAUUCCAAGUACCGCCACCAGAUGAGAAGGAGGAAGACUAUCAGGACAGCCGACAACAGGGGAAAACUAGCGUCGGUCACAUGGACGAAACGAGAAAACUCAGCGAAACCAAAAAAAAUCACACUAGACCGGCGAAUAACUUGCUGCUGACCGGCAAGUCGACGAAGGCCUUCUACGAGAUUAAACCGUCGAUCAGGACUCUCGAAACGGAGCGCGGUCGUGAUCAGUUCCAGAUAACCACUCACAGGACAUUGUCGGGCAGAAAGUUCGUCUUGCCUAGCGUCGAUAGCGCUUUCGGAAAAUUCGGUCCAUAUUUUGAGGACGGUGACCGAGAGAUAAAUGUCACCGCGAGAAUCGGCAGUAUUGUUUUGUUGGACUGCAAGAUCGGCAUGUUAGGUGAUAAAAAGGUAACGUGGUUGCAGCAUAAUAAGGAUUUCUUUCGUCUGUUGACAGUAGGCAGAACACCGUAUAGCAACGAUCAAAGAAUCAGUCUUAAUUUUCGCUAUCCUAGCAAUUGGAGACUGCAGAUACUUUACGCGAACCCACGCGACUCGGGGUUGUAUCAGUGCCAAGUCGCCACGCAUCCGCCGCUAGUUAAGAAAAUCAACGUCGUUGUUACGGCGCCAACUCUGACGAUUAGCGAUGAUUCUGGACGUAUAGUUUCCAAGGAAAGGCAUCUAAAGGCAGGCAGUGUCCUCAGGCUCAGGUGUGAGGCGAGGGACGUGCUCGAGUCGCUCAACGAGUCCGUCGUUUGGACUAGAGGAGAUGAGACGCUUACAGAAGAUAUUAGCGAGAACAGAACGACAGAGAUCUCGGCGGGCAAGGAGGUCCUUGUGAUCGUCAGUACUCUCAUCGUGGAGAGAGCCAGUCCCAGACACGCAGGAAACUAUAGCUGCAUGGUGCCCGGCAAAGCCAAGACCACCGUCGCGGUUCACGUUCUCAACGGUGAACUGCCAGCCGCUGUGCACGACGGAAACGGAGUUUCAAGAGCAUUCCUUAAUCUUUGGUUGGUUCACCUGACGAUGAGCUAUGUCUUCACCAGAUGACAGUAUUAAGAUUACUCCAAUAACUUCUGAAUUCUCAAUCCGGAUGCAUUCACAGAUCAGGAAAAUUGUUGACGAGCGUGGACAGAUGCAACGAUGCAACUCAGUGCAAUGAUUGUAUAUUCUUCAUCGUAUUAUUCAUUAUCACUUCAAUUGGUGAUCAGCCGAUGCACGUAAAAAUGCAUCGCGUGAUUAGAACUUGUUUUUACAGUACCAACCAAUAAAUAUACGAUUUUUCGGGUUGCAAUGUUAGUGGUGCAAAAUGCAUGUUUCAUGCGAGUAUGUAAUUUCCAAGAGCUUGAAAAUUGAAAACUCAUAGUGAUGAUUCUGAUGUGAGUUGAACAAUGAAUGAAAAUUAAGACGGGCACUUUCAAGAAUUUCGAAAGGAUAGAAGAGUCUUUAUUGAAACAAAAAUCUACUAAAG